AUGGCAAUUAAAACAAUUUUACGAACUUUACGCUCUGGUUAUCAAUAUCAAUAUCCAUUCAAACGAGCCAGUUCCUAUUUACAACAAAGGAUGUUUUCUACAGAAACUGAUAUGGUUGCACCUUUUACUUCAAGUGCAACCUCCGAUGCACAGGAAAACAUUCCCACCGUUCCUGAAUUAAAACUUGCUAUAAGCAAGGAUAUGGGAGUUGAUAAAGGUUAUGAUCCAUUUCGCAAAGACCGUUCUCACUUGUUGAAAUAUUUACCAAAAACCCAGGCUGAGUUACCGAAACGCGCCAUGAGAGAUAGCUUUUUAGUUGGAAUCAUACCACUUUCCAAAGACAAAGGUUUACAAGAUAAAUACACAACAUUUUUAGGACAAGUUAGAAUUGGAAGACUAUUGGAAGAUAUGGAUAUUUUUGCUGUAAUGGUGGUACACAAGCAUAUAUAUAAUCCAAACCAACCUAAGAACGAAACGUUUCCAUAUACAUUAGUAACAGCUCAUGUAGACAAAAUAGAUUUCACCGAAUUUUUGCCUAAGACAGAACAAGAUAUAAAAAUUUCCGGUCACGUAAGCUGGGUGGGCAAAUCUUCUCUAGAAGUAGUCGUUUGGUUAGAGCAAUUAAUGCACGGUACUUGGCAUCGAAUUACUAGAGCUUUAUUCUUAAUGGCAGCCAGAGAUUCGAACAAUAAACAAGCAGGAAUUGUUAAUCCUCUCGAACCGGCUGACGAUAGAGAAAGGGAAAUUUUAUCGGGAGGAGAAACUAGAAAAAAGAGGCGGAUGUUGCUGCACCAGAUGCAUGUAUCUAAGUUGAUUCCGGACGCCGAAGAGCAACAACUCAUUCAUAAUUUAUAUAUCCGUACUACAGACAAAGAUAGCAGCCUCAGGAAGGUCCUUCCUACCGGCUGCGUUUGGAUGACCAACGCCACCAUGUCAAAUGUCGUUUUUUCGCACCCCGAAGAACGUAAUAUGCACAACGCGGUAUUCGGAGGUUUCAUUAUGCGCAUGGCCGAAGAACUCGCGUGGGUUUUGGGAUUCACUUACAGUAAAUACAGACCGGUGCUGAAAAGUAUCAGCGAUAUCAGUUUUCAGAAACCGAUCGCUGUCAGUUCUUUAAUACGAAUGCACGCCAGUGUCGUUUAUACUCAGUUGAAUUUCAUGCAAAUAAUUGUUCACGUCGAAGUUUACAAUUCUAUAACAGGGGAAAACGACACUACGAACACUUUGCAUUUUACGUUCCAAGUACCGGAACUCGUCAACGAGGUCAUUCCGCAGACUUACCACGAAGCCAUGAUGUACAUUGAUGGUAGACGACAUUUCGAAAGCGUUAUGGGAAAAUCCAGUUUUCCUCAUAAAUUAUAAUUUGCGAACGAAGUAUUAAUCGAAAAUAAUUGUGAUUGUUAAGUUUAAAGAUUUUAUUUUAGUUAAUCGAUAAAUAAAUCAAGGCAUUAUGAUAUUUUGCAAGUCUUUGAGAUCCAUAUUUAUAAACCGCACUUGUCUGAGCGCAUCCUUUAAUGAAAAUCGAAGUUCAGG